AUGUUACCGUGGUUUAGUCUAAAGGUGAUAUUGAUUUUUGUUCUAACUAGAGUAUGUGAAAGCUCAAAAAAGGUUCGUUUGAUUGAUGUUUCAACGCUUACUCUAUACAGGGACAAAGUCACUACUGGAAGAAGAUCUUCUCCAAUUCCACAGAUUCAGUGUGUUGGAGGAUCAGCGAAAGGGCAGUUCCAACCGAAAGUUGUUCAGUGUUACAAUAGAGGUUAUGAUGGUUUUGAUGUACAGUGGGAAUGUAAAGCAGAAAUGAGCGAUCAGUAUGAAUUUGGUGAAGCAAUUUUCCAAUCGCUGUUACAAUAUGAAAACGAAAAUAUUCGUAUAUCUUGUGAAGGAUAUGACUAUCCAGAUGAUCCAUAUAUUCUGCAAGGAUCAUGUGGACUGAAGUACAAUUUAGAAUAUAGUCAUAGAAAAAAAGGCGACGACACUCGAAGUGUUCCGCCAUAUGAAGAAAACUUUGACUCGUCACUGGCCGUCUUGUUUUUAUUAUUCUCUAUUGAAACUCGCGCUGAUAAGUGGAUUCAAUAUGUUGGACCAGUCCUUGUAGAUGCUUCUAGAAGUACAGAUCAUCUUUCAUUGCAUAAGACAUCUAAAGGGAAUCAGAGAUGGGAUGGAGAUCAGGGACCACCGCCUCCACCUGGUAGUGGACGACCACCUCCUCCAGGUUUCAAGAAUUUCACUCGCCCGCCCGACGCCCCUCCGACAUAUGAUGAAGCUUUUUACGGUUGUUCUAAUACGCGUUCGCAAUCCAGCGGGCCUGGGUUUUUUUCUGGUUUGGGCUUAGGAGGCUUGGCUGGAUAUAUGUUCGGAAGAAACCAAAACAGUUGUUUACGCUGUUUACUGGCAGAUUUCAGUGAUAACAGUUUCUUCCGGAAUAGGAGGUCAUUCGAGCAAGAUUAUAGUUAUAGAGCUUCUUCUGCAGGACCUUCGCGUCGAACAACAUCAGGUGAAUUAAGUUAUGCAUCACAUUAUCUUUAUGUUUCGCCAACAUCUUGUAAUAGGAUACAUUUUAUAGUGAUUUGGCCAGACGGAACGGAGGUAGCAAAUGUGAUUUGUGAUAUUAUUUUUCUGACACAAGAAAAUCCUUGA